GCUGGACUAGUCCAGCUGUUAGCAUGUUUAGUGUGAUUAUAGCAGUUGAAAUAAUUUGAUAAAAGUUGGCAGUAAAGUACACAAAUAGUAACCAUGAUGCGUUCGUGCCAGCUUCAUCGUCAGCUCUGCUUUUUCGGCCGGGCCACUACGAUCCCCAGCAGAUGUGGGACGUUGGUGAGACAAAUGCAUACACUGCAGCAUCGGUCCGCUCCAAAUAUUUACCGACACGCCGAGGAAGAUAGGCUCCUGCUGCGCCAGCUCAACUCCACCGACCUAAUCCGACCGACCGUGCUGGCUAGCGGACUGUUCUGGGAGCGGCACCGAAAGGGUGGUUAUCAAACCGGCCAGCGCCUGUCCGUCAAGGAGCACAUUGUUAACGGGCUGAAAGAGCUGAAGACCGAGCUGGCCCUGUUUCAUCAGGAGUGGAAGGAACGGAUCGAGAGUGACCCGCUAGUCGUGUUUCGGCCGGGCGAAAUUGACAUGGUGUUCGGUUUCGAGACCGAUAAGGAUCUCGACCGCUGGGUAGUAACGACGGAUCGCGACCACAACGAGGGCUACUCGACGGCAUCGCUAGAGCGUAGUCCAGCUGGACACGGCCUGUUUCAUGGUACGCUCGAGUCACGCGUUCCCAAGGACGGCCGUAUCAAGCGUGCCGGUUACGCCAACAUUAAAAGUCUCCGGGUGCGGAAGUCAUUCAAACGGGAUGCGUUCUACGACUGGAGCCAGUACAACACGCUCGUGCUGAAGGUACGCGGCGAUGGCAGAUCGUAUCUGAUCAAUCUAGCCGCGGAGGGCUAUUACGACAUCCUCUGGAACGAUAUCUACCACUACGUGCUGUACACACGCGGCGGUCCGCACUGGCAGAUUGCAAAGAUACCGUUCUCGAAAUUUUUCCUCGCCUCGAAGGGGCGUGUCCAGGAUCAGCAAGGCCCGGUCCCGCUCAACCGGAUCACCAACGUCGGCUUCUCCGUUGGAUCACGUGGUGGCCACGAGGGUAGCUUUCGGCUCGAGUUCGACUACAUCGGUCUCGAGUUUGACCCAUCGCACCAGGAAGAAUUUGCCUACGAAAUGUACCGCCAACCGAAGUACAUUGUGGCUACGUAGGCCAGCGUGCUUAGACCACGACCUGUUUCGUAACUAGUGAAUGGAUCCACCUAACCCCGUUCCAUUCUCUCAUUUCCUCACCGUAACGUGUAAAUAAAGCUAGAACUU